CACACAAACAAACAGAAGCAUGGCUUUGGAUUCCAGAGAGAUCAAUCAUCAUAAGGUGGAAGAAGAUGACUCAUAUUGUCUUUCUGCCAUGCAUCUGUGUUGUAGUCAGAUCUAUUCUGCAGUUUUAAACGCAGCUCUUGAGCUCAACUUGUUUGAGAUCAUAGCUAAGGAAGGAGGAAGACACGUGUCAGCCUCUGAAGUUGCCUCAAAGCUUCCUAGUUCAUCUCAGCACAAGGACUUGGCUUCCAGAAUCGAUCGUCUCUUGAGGCUUCUUGCAAGUCACUCUCUUCUGAAUUGUUCAGUUUGUGAAAAGGAAGAUGGUGGCUCUGAGAGACUCUAUGCGAUUUCUCCUGUGGGAAAGUACUUUGUUGGUGGGGACGAUAAUGGCGGAUUCUUGGCUGUCUUCUCAUCAUUCAUGUGUCACAGAGCACUUAUGGAUGCUUGGUUGAAUUUUAAGGAUGCAAUCAUAGACGAAAACAAUGACUUGUUCAAGAAAGUUCAUGGCAUGCCAAUGUACCAAUAUGCAGAGAAAGAUCCAAAGUGGAACAGUAUUUUCAACAAAGCAAUGGCCAACAUUUGUAAGAUAGAGAUGAACAGAAUAUUGGAAAUAUACAAAGGAUUUGAGGGAAUAUCAACACUUGUUGAUGUUGGAGGAGGCACUGGUCAAAACCUUAAAAUGAUCAUCUCCAAAUAUCCUUCAAUUAAGGGCAUUAAUUUUGAUUUGCCCCAAGUCGUUCAAAAUGCACAACCUGAUCCAGGGAUUGAGCAUAUUGGAGGAGAUAUGUUUGAAAGUGUUCCAAAAGGCGAUGCCAUAAUACUAAAGGCUGUAUGUCACAAUUGGUCAGAUGAAAAUAGCAUAAAAGUAUUGAGCAAAUGUCAUGAAGCAUUACCAGAAAAAGGGAAGGUGAUAGUGGUGGAAUUCAUAAUGCCAGACACAAUUGAAGCAACAGAAGAAGCCAAGUUUGUAGCAAGCAUAGACAAUCUCAUGUUCCUUCAUGAUGGAAGAGAAAGAACUGAGAAAGAGUUUGAGUCCCUUUGCAAACGUUCUGGCUUUUCUGGUUUCAAAGUUGCUUGUCGUGCAUUCUCUGUUCUUGGAGUCAUGGAGUUCUGCAAAUAAAUAUAAUCAACUCAUGUACUUUGCUCAUUAGCAGUGUGAUUCAGAAGUGUUUCCAGACUUUGUUUGCUAAAAAAAGAAUGUACUCUCUCAUAUUAAUGAAUUUGAAAUUUUAUUAUACCGUUUAUUUAGAAAAUUAA